AUGGCACACAGCUACCAGCAAGGUUAUGAUGAAAGACGUUUUGAAGGUCAAGUCAGAGAAGAUCUUCUCUGCUCUAUUUGUCAUGAAGUGCUCAGAGAUCCACGAACUUGCCAGAACAGAGAACAUCCAUUUUGUCUUUCUUGUAUAUCUCAACAUCUUCGUAAUUCCCACACAUGUCCUGAAUGCAGAGAACACCUGACCCCAGAAACCUUGAAAAACCCGAGAUUUUUGAAGAAUAUUCUAUCAGAGCUGAAAAUCAAGUGUGAUCACAAUGAGCGAGGAUGCCCGGGCUACGUCCAGCUUGGAAAUUUACAGAAUCAUGUUGAGAAAUGUGGUUUCGCGCCUGUUAUGUGUAGAAAUGAAGGAUGUGGGAUGUUGGUCAAUAGAAAAGAUAAAGAAAUCCAUGAGAGAGAACUCUGCCAGUUUAGAAUCCCGAAGUGCCACGACUGCAAAGAUAUCAAAGCAAGUCAAGAUGCAAUUAAAGCAUGUGAAGAUGCAAUAAAGGUAAAAAAUUUUGAACGAACAUGUAGUUUGUCAAUUUGUAUACAGUACCAUCUCUGAGAUAAUAUCUAAGACUAACAUUAAAUAUGAUGCAUUAAAACUUCAAACGAGCUAGAGCAGCAUGAAUAAUACCAACUAGUGAAAUACCAUCAGUACAACUUUUUUGACAGUUAAAGUGACUACAUAUCUACAUUUAUUCUAUUGUGUUGAGGACCAUCAGUUUUAAUGCAUGUUUGCUGAAGAUCCUAUAUCCUAUUUUUAAAUUAUUAAUAUUAACAAUUGUAAUUCAGGAAAAUGUUGACGAAAUGAAAGCAAGACAGGAUGAAGUGAUGAUCAAAAUCACUGGAAAGGAAAGCGAACAAGAUGAAAUGAAUGUUAAAGUAAAUGAAAUGAAGGUAAGACAAGGUUGUGUUUAGAUUUUUGUAGGGUUUAAGAUGAUUGGUUUGUAUUGGUAUAAACGGCACCUUCUAUUUGAAAAGCAUUUCUCCCAAAGCCCAGAUGCUCAUAAUUGCAACUAUUGUUUGAACUUCUGAAGAUCCGGGAUGGUAGCUUUGCCAAUUAAAUAAACUAUUCAUAUGGCGCAUAAUUUCUCAAAAUGUACAGUCGUACACAAUAUCACUGCUGAGAGAUUUUAACACAACAACCAAAUCAUAUAAGUUUUUAAUUUUACAAAUCAGGCGAAUGUUGACGAGAUAAAGCAAACUCAAGCAGAAAUGAAAGCAGAUCAAGUGAUGUUUAAAGCUGAGGUAAGCCAGCAGUUUCAAAGAGUGACAGAAAUGUUGAAUGAGUUGUUGCAAGGAAGCAAUGUAAGCAACAAUGGCGCUCAAGCUAUAGGUCCAGCAUUUCCAGCCAACAAUCAAGAUAUUAUUAUUUUUGGCGGUCAUUGUGGCUCAGGAGAUGACAAGAUAUUAAAUACAGUUGAAAAAUUCAACUUAACAGAAGGAACGUCGACUGAAUUACCACCGAGAAAUCUCCCACGUUCAGAGUCAGCAUCAUGUGUUUACAACGGUGACGUCAUCGUGACUGGAGGCCACGAUGGUCAAGCUGGUUCUGACUUGAUCGAGAUUUUAAAGAUGAACAAGCAUCCUUUGCGAUGGACGAUGUUUGAUGGAAAACUGCCCGUCAAGUUAUCUGCCCAUGAUGUCAUAGUUUACCAAAAUAGAUUGUACAUCAUCGGUGGAUAUAACUGGAAUGAAGCGAAAACAUCCGAUGCAAUUUAUGAACUAUCCCUUGCCCCGCCUUAUACUGUCAAGCUUCUCGCAAGAAUGCCGUAUGGAAGAAGAAACCACAGAGCGGAGAUUGUUAACGGGAAGUUAUUUAUCUUGGGAGGAUCGACAACAAGUGUUAGUAAAGAUGCUACAGAUAGCGUUGUUGUGUAUGAUUUCAUCAAGAAAGUAUUAAAGCCAUGUACAUCUUUAUACAAGCCUGUUUGUAAAAUGUCUACAGUUACUUGGGGCAAUAUGAUCAUCCUUGUUGGCGGUGGGGAUAAGAACGGCAAGCAUUUAAAUGACGUCAUCAUGUAUCACACUGAGUCAGGACGAAGUGAAAGAUUACCUUCACUGAAACACAAGAGGGGUGGUGCCUCAGCUGUCAUCAUGCAUGACGUCAUUGUUGUAUUGGGCGGAUACAAUAGUGAGGAAGGGCAUCUCAACUCAGUAGAAAGUUUCACAAUGGGAGAUGAUCAAUGGAAAAAACUGCCAGGAAUGAAAGAGAAAAGGCUAUGGGCAAAUGCUGUAGUAAAACCUCGCAACUGA